AUGGCUGAUGGAUUUGCCCAAGCUACCAGAAAACCUGCACUUGCUGUUCUGCAUACGGCAGCAGGUACCGGCAACGGCAUGGGCAACAUCAUGACCGCUUUUCUUAACAAAACGCCUUUGAUCAUAAUUGCAGGCCAGCAGACGCGACAAAUGCUCAUAGGUGAUCCCUAUCUGACUGACCGCGACGCCACCAUGCUGCCGCAACCGUGGGUCAAAUGGGCAUACCAGCCAGCGAGGGCGGAAGAUGUACCUGCGGCAUUAGUGAGAGCUAUUGCAAUUGCCAGUAUGCCACCUGCCGGCCCUGUGUUCCUCUCCAUACCUUUAGAUGAUUGGGUGGCAGAAAUCGACUUCGCGCCAGUGAUAAGAACAGUCGGACAGACAAUCGCACCGGACCCUAAGCGAUUGUCGGAAUUCGCCACUCGAAUAUCGAAAGCUCGAAGAUUUGCGCUCGUCUUGGGUCAGGAAGUUGAUAAGAGUCUUGGUUGGGCGUCAGCUGUAGCAUUGGCAGAGUUACUCGGCGCGCCUGUCUACCAAGCCCCGCUUGCAGAGAGAGCUGUGUUCCCCGAGACUCAUCCACUCUUCAGAGGAUCUUUACCGUUGGCGAAAGGUCCAUUGAGUACUGCACUUACAGGAUAUGACCUUGUUCUUGUGGUGGGGGCUGAGGUCUGGAGAUAUUAUCCAUACGCAGCCGGGCCUGUCUCACCGCCUGGACUGGAACUAUUACAGAUAACGAACGAUCCUCAUGAUGCUGGGUCUGCCCUUGUGGGCGACAGUCUCCUCUCCGAUUCCCGUCUGGCACUCGAAGGCCUCUAUAGCCUGCUUCGUAAUAACAGCUUAUCUACUGAAGAGAAUCAAGCGAAAGCUGCACCUGGAUCCGCUGCCACUGCCCAAUCGAAACCAAGAAAAUCUACUGCGCUCAUGACCGCAUCUGAGGCUUUUACAGCUAUUGCCUUGCUUCGCGCAGAGUCCGAUAUAUUGGUCCAAGAGACACCAUCUAACGUUGGGGAUCUAUUAGAUGCUUGGCCUAUCAUCAGAGAGGAGAGCUACUUCACUUCCGCUAGCGGUGGUCUCGGUUGGGGUGGCCCUGCGGCAGUGGGUAUCGCACUUGCUCAGCACAACCGAACGACAGUCCUUGCCAUUGGAGAUGGCAGUCUGCAUUACUCGGUCCAGAGUGUCUACACUGCUGUCCAGCACAAGCUAAACCUAAUCAUCUUGGUACCGCGUAACGAGGAGUAUGCUAUUCUAAAAGAGUUUGCAGUCUUUGAGAACACACCCAAUUGCCCUGCUUUAGAUUUACCGGGACUGAACGCAAAGGCGAUAGCAGAGGCAUAUGGCUGUGCGGCUUUCCGUGCGGACAAUCCCGCAGAUUUGCAUGACGCUUUUAAGAUGGCUCGAGGAUUGGAUGGUCCGGCCUUGAUCGAAUUCCAGAUAGACCCCAAGCUAGAGCCACUGCCAGUCUGA